AUGUUUCAUCGCCGAGGACAUGUAAAAUCCCGUCAUGGCUGCACGAUUUGCAAGACCAGGCGCGUUAAGUGCGAUGAGAAAAGGCCAAUCUGCAGUAAUUGCUCCCAGCGGGAUGAAAGAUGUGUCUACCCUGGAUUGGGUCCUCACUUUUUCGCUGAGGACACCCGAAGAUCUCAGAUGAAAGACAAUUUACCAUCACAAGAUCAAUCACAGCUGAGCUCAAACGUUGGAAUAAUCAAGCUAGCAUGUUGGAUGAAGACUUCACUUGACAGACCAAGUGAAAGUUCUGGGAACUUGUCUUCAUUGGACAUGACCCAGCUAGAACUUGUGCUGCAAUGGAUCAAUUAUACACACAAAUUAUUGUCGCGGAGCGAACAGACAAGACAAGUAUGGGAGAAACCAGUACUCGAAGAAGCUUUGAAAGCACCAUUUCUUAUGCACGGGAUCUUGGCACUCUCCGCCUUGCAUCUUUCACAUUUACGUCAAGAUGAAGCUCAAACACGUGUCAAGUGGCUAGACGUUGCCAUAUCGCAUAAAAGUGUUGCCCUAGCAAUGUUCUCAGAUCAAUUGCGUGAUAUCCACCAAUCAAAUGCGAAAGCAAUGAUGGUUUUCGCUGGCUUGGCGUUUACGUUUAGCUUAGCUAGUGCUGUCAAUAUGGGAACAAAAGAUGACGGGCCGGGCUUGAAUGCGCUCACAGAGGUCUUUGUAUUGGCUCGAGGAGUUCGGGCGCUGCUGGAAGUGCAGGGUGAAUUCUUACAUCAAACCGACUUUGCACCACUCUUCGAUAUCACAGCCCCCGAUGUUCAAAUCCCCGAACAUGUUCUUGAUGCACUGGAUCGUCUUGAGCAAUUGCAAGUCAAAUGUAAACAAAAAGAUGCCGAUAUGGAUUCCGCGGCAUACACGGAAACUAUCAGCCAUUUGCGAAGUCUUGCUGCUUUUACUUUUGCCGAGCCUACUUCAAUGACACUGGCUGGUGGAUGGGCUAUACGAGCUGCGCAAAAGUAUCUCGACGACCUCACAGCCCAGAAGCCUAUCGCUUUGGUAGUGCUGGCUCAUUACUGCGUGUUCAUACAUAUGGCUCGGGACAACUGGGCGAUAGGCUAUUGGGGUUAUAAAGUCUUUAAAGAUAUCACCCAAGUACUGAAGCCCAAUUGGUAUCCUCAUAUUGAAUGGGCAGCUCGAAAUAUUCUCCCCUUGGAUGAAGAAAAACUGCAUCAUGACCAAGAAACAUAA